AUGGCCGGUGAACCCCCUGCACAAAAGAAACGCCGGCUCCCCUUCAAGCCACCCAGCCGUGCGCCCAGCGCGGGGCCAUCUUCUGCCGCGCAACCAAAAAGCAAGUCCACCAAGGCCACGGCCAAAUCCUCUGCCGCAGCGUCAUCCAAGGCUGCUUCCACGUCCAAAUCUACCGCGAACAACAAGCGCCUCCGCGUCGGAUCACCUCCCGACUCUGCUAGUGAUUCGGAAGGCUCAGAUUCGGAGGAAUCGGAUCACAGUCGCGAGCGCUCUAUUUCCCAGGAACCAGACUUUAUUCUCGCGGAGAUCAUAGAGCACAACCCAUCCGAGGACGUGGCAUCGAGUGACCCGAAGAUUCCGCCCAAGUUGCUAACGCGACUACUACACGAACAUUUCCAGAAUGAGAAGACCAAGAUUGCAAAGGAUGCGAAUGCGAUUGUCGCAAAGUAUGUGGAUGUUUAUGUCCGGGAAGCGAUUGCACGUGCUGCGUUCGAGCGGGCGGAAACGGAUAACCAGAGUGGGAGGGGUGAUGGCUUCUUAGAGGUGGAAGACCUUGAGAAAAUGGCACCGCAGCUUACGAUGGAUUUUUGA